UACUUUUUUUAUAAUAAAUUUAUUAAAAUAAUAAUUUAUAACAAGUGGCAUCCCAUACAAGACUCUUUCCUACUAAUUCCUAUAUAUACACUACUUUCAUUUCCAUAACCCUUCAAAUCAAACACACAAUCACUCUCUUUCUCUCUCUACAAUUAUCUUAUCACUACUCUCUCUCUAGGAUUAAACCCUAAAACGCCAUGGAUGUAACUUCAACAGAUGAAAGUAGCACCACCACCACAACCACCGUCUCUCUCUCAAUCGCACCACCGUCACCUCCGACCGCCGCCGUCAACAAACCCAUUCCUCAAACCCUAUGUAGAUUAGGCAGCGGCGCAAGCGUAGUACUCGACGCCAUUGAAGUCGGAUCCGCCGAAGCCGAUUCAGGUCGGAAACUCCCAUCAUCUAGGUUCAAAGGUGUGGUUCCACAACCAAAUGGAAGAUGGGGAGCUCAGAUUUACGAGAAACAUCAAAGGGUCUGGCUAGGUACGUUCAACGAAGAAGAAGAAGCCGCUAGAGCCUACGAUAUCGCUGCCCAGCGUUUCCGUGGACGCGACGCUGUUACUAAUUUCAAACCCUUAACAGAUUCUGAAUACGAUGAAUCUGAAUCUCUCUUUCUCGGGUCUCAUUCAAAAGCAGAGAUAGUCGAUAUGUUACGUAAACAUACUUAUUCCGAUGAACUCGAACAGAGCCGCCGUAGCACCGGCGGCGCCGCCGCCGGAGAGAGGAGGCAUCGGAACCUUGUUAACAACGUUAUGAACGGUGGGUUUUUCGGAAACGGACCUAAAUCGACGGAAGCUUUGUUUGAGAAAACGGUAACGCCGAGUGAUGUCGGGAAAUUGAAUCGACUGGUGAUACCGAAACAGCACGCUGAGAAACAUUUUCCGUUACAGAAUGGUACGGUUUCGGUCGCCGUACAAAAAGGGUUGCUUUUGAAUUUCAAGGAUAGUUCCGGUAAGGUAUGGAGAUUUCGUUAUUCGUAUUGGAAUAGUAGUCAGAGUUAUGUUUUGACUAAAGGGUGGAGUCGAUUUGUGAAAGAGAAGAAUCUUGCCGCCGGCGAUGUUGUUAGUUUUCACCGGUCAAUUUCCGGCGAGAAACAACUUUUUAUUGAUUGGAAAUCCCGUACAAAUCCUGCCCCUGCCGUUAAUAACAACAACAUUGUAAGCUUUAAUCAACCAUCUGUUUCUAUGGUUAGGUUAUUUGGAGUAAACAUUGUUGCAGUUGAUAGCAGCAAUACUGAAAAUGGAAAUGGAAAGAGGAUGAGAGAGAUGGAGGUAUUAACAAUGGAGUGUAGUAAGAAGACAAGGGUAAUUGGGGCAUUGUAACAUGUGAUUACUUAAUUAAUUAUUUAGUUGUAAUUUUCUUUGUUGUUUUUUUGGGUUAUAUAUAUGUUAAAGAGAUGAAUCUCUGUAGUUAAAUUAGUUGUCAACUGUAAAUUACAGUAGAGAGAGAAAGCAAAAAAAGAUGUAAGGGGGAUGAAUGAGGAAGAUGAAAGCUUAGUUGGAAAGAGAAAAAAAAAGAUUUCAAAUUAAUAGAAUAUUUCCAAUUUAUUUUCUUAA